CAAGAAUUUGACCUUUCUUCUUCUCCUUCUUUCUUUCAUUCUCUCACACAAUCUAUAUCACAAAUCAGUGUUAUAUAUAUUUUCUCUAAACACUUUAACUUGAGUUCUCACCGAUCUCUCUCUUUAUUUUCUCACAAAAAUCAUAUACAUAUAUAUGGCUUCUAUGAACUUGUUGGGUUUCUCUUUGUCACCACAAGAACAACACCCUUCAACCCAUCAAGAUCAAACGGUGGCUUCUCGUUUUGGUUUCAACCCUCAUGAUGGUUCUGAUGUUCAACAAGGCUUUGAUCUCUCUUCUCACUCAACUUCUCAUCAUCAUUCACUUAACAACCUUUCUCACCCUUUUUCCAUUUAUGAAGCUUUUCAUACCAAUAACAACAUUCAAACCACUCAAGAUUGGAAGGAGAACUACAACCAAAACCUACUAAUGGGAACAUCAUGCAUUAACCAAAAUGUGAAUCAACAAGUACAACCAAAGCUAGAAAACUUCCUCGGCGGAAACUCUUUUACCGAUCAUCACGAAUACGGUGGUAACAACUCAUACUCUUCAUUGCACCUUUCGGCUACUCAGCCAGAAGGUUCAAUUUGCGGUGCUAGUACCGGCGGUGGUGGUGAUGGUAGGACAAGUAACAACAAUAAUAACUCAAUAGGUUUAUCAAUGAUAAAAACAUGGCUCAGAAACCAACCACCACCAGAAAACAACAACAAUAAUAAUAAUAAUAAUAAUAAUAAUAAUAAUAAUAAUAAUAAUAAUAAUAAUAAUAAUAAUAAUGAAAGUGGAGCAGCACGUGUGCAAACACUAUCACUAUCUAUGAGUACUGGCUCACAAUCAAGUUCAUCAGUUCCACUUCUCACUUCAAAUGUGAUAAGUGGUGAGAUUUCCUCAUCGGAAAACAAACAACUACUGCCUACAACUGCUGUAGUACUUGAUAACAACCAAUCUAGUGGUGCUGUUGUUGAAAGUACUGUUCCUAGAAAAUCCAUUGAUACAUUUGGACAAAGAACUUCCAUUUACCGUGGUGUAACAAGGCAUAGAUGGACAGGAAGAUAUGAAGCUCAUCUUUGGGAUAAUAGUUGUAGAAGAGAGGGACAAACUCGCAAAGGAAGACAAGUUUAUUUGGGAGGUUAUGACAAAGAAGAAAAGGCAGCUAGAGCCUAUGAUUUGGCAGCACUAAAAUACUGGGGAACAACUACAACAACAAAUUUUCCCAUUAGCCAUUAUGAAAAAGAAUUGGAAGAAAUGAAGAACAUGACAAGGCAAGAGUACGUUGCGUCAUUGAGAAGGAAAAGUAGUGGUUUUUCUCGCGGUGCAUCCAUUUACCGAGGAGUAACGAGACAUCAUCAACAUGGUAGAUGGCAAGCUAGGAUUGGAAGAGUUGCAGGCAACAAAGAUCUCUAUCUAGGAACUUUCAGCACUCAAGAAGAGGCAGCAGAGGCAUAUGAUGUAGCAGCAAUAAAAUUCAGAGGACUAAGUGCAGUUACAAAUUUUGACAUGAGUAGAUAUGAUGUCAAAACCAUACUUGAUAGUAGCACAUUACCAAUAGGUGGUGCUGCAAAGCGUUUAAAAGACAUGGAACAAGUUGAAUCAUUGAAUAAUGUGAAUCAUGUCAAUGUUGAUCAAGAUCAUCAUCAUCAUAGCCUCAUCAUCAACAACACUUCUCAUAAUUUAACUGAUCAUCAAACCAUCAACAAUUAUGCAGCUACAAAUGCAGCAGCAGCAGCAGCAGCAGCAGCUAAUUGGCAUGGUCUUUCAUUCCAACAACAUCCUUACAAUACCAACAUGCAAUUACAGAAUUACCCUUUUGGUGGAGCUCAAACUCAAAAGCUUUGGUGCAAACAAGAACAAGAUUCUGAUGAUCAUAAUGCUUAUACUACUAGUGAUAUUCAUCAUCAACAGCUACAGUUAGGGAAUAAUGCUAUUGCUAACAACACUCACAAUUUCUUUGGUUUGCAAAAUAUCAUGAGUAUGGAUUCUGCUUCAAUGGAUAAUAAUAGUUCUGGUUCAAAUUCUGUUGUUUAUGGUGGUGGAGAUCAUGGUGGAUAUAUGAUUCCAAUGGCUAUUGGAAAUGAUGCUAAUGAGAGUGAGAUAAAAGGAUUUGGUUAUGAAAAUGUGUUUGGAAAUACUGAUCCUUAUGCAGCAAGGAAUUUGUACUAUCAUCAUCAGCAACAACAAUUAUCUUUUGAUGAAGGAUCAAAUUGCAAUAACAAUAAUAAUUGGGUUCCAACUGCAAUUCCAACACUUGCACCAAGGACUAGUAAUGUGUCUCUUUGUCCACCUUUCACUCUGUUGCAUGAAUAGCUAAUUGGAGAAUGCAUUAGGAAGGGAAUUCUAACUUGAAGUUGAAGGAUAAUUUAAUUAUUGUAGUCUUGAUUAUGUUUAGUCAUGGUAGAAGCAUAUCUUACUGUGAAUUUUGGGGAUAAUUUAACUGAUCUAGAGAAUGUAGGAUUUUCAUUUUCAUUGGCAAGUUUUUAUUUAUUAAUUAUCAGUACUAGACUCUGUAAUUUUUGGAAUAAUUAUUACAGGAUCAUACAAAGGAUGAAGUUUUU